AUGCUGGACUCAGAUCUAAAAUUUCAAGAUGACAUUUUAAAUCUCUAUCGACAUUUUGAUAACUUUGAAGAUGAUAAUGUGAUAGGAAUAGCAAGGGAACAGCAGCCAGUCUACAGGCACACGUUUUCGAGUUACAGAUUGAACCAUCCAGGUACAACUGUAGGAGAGCCUCCUCCCGAUGGCCUCACUGGAUUCAACAGUGGAGUUCUGUUGUUAAACCUAUCAAGAAUGAAAAAAUCUCAGUCGUAUAAUAAUCUCCUGAAAUCAGAUGAACUAACAAAGUUAGCAAUUGAAUUUAACUUCCGGGGACAUUUAGGUGAUCAGGAUUUUUAUUCUUUAGUUUCUAUGAAAUAUAAAUCUUUAUUCUAUGUUUUACCGUGUCAGUGGAAUAGGCAGUUGUGUCGAUGGUGGAGAGAGCAUGGCUAUAAGGACGUGUUCGAUCUUUAUUUUGAUUGUCCGGGGCAUAUUCAUUUAUAUCAUGGUAACUGUAAUACCCCAAUCGAGUGA